AUGAUGAAAAGGAGGAGAUUGUGGGAUUAUUCCUUUCAGCUUUCCUGGAUGAUGGAGGGAGAGAUAUUUGCUGCCACUUUGGUGCCACCUGGCAGCAUGCCACCGGAUUCUAGUAUGUCUCUGGAACAGAAAACCACCUUUGUCUUUGUGAUUUUAUUAUUUAUUUUCUUGGGAAUCCUCAUUGUUCGCUGCUUCCGAAUCCUCCUCGACCCCUACCGGAGUAUGCCAACCUCAACCUGGGCUGAUGGACUUGAUGGACUGGAGAAAGGCCAGUUUGAUUAUGCUCUUGCUUAG